UUUUGUUCGAUCAAGGUUAAUCAGUAACAUUUUUAUUUUAGACUCGAUACCAAGUGGCUUGUUUAAGGACCUAAAAACCAAAAUAUUGUAAAAAUGUCAUUCUACGCGUUACAACAAGUGAACAAGGAGUCUUACGAUCGCAUAGCGCGUAAUUACUUCAAAUUCAUUGCAAAUACCAACGACCCGAACAAGGAACCGGUGACUGUGUUCUCCCCGUUGUCCAAAAAGAUGUUGGACGAGUUGGACCUGAUCCGGGAGGUCAGUAAGGACCUGCAGAUCAAGAAAUUGGAAGAAGAUAGGAAAGCUAAAGAAGCCGAAGAACAAGCGAAGAAAGAAAACGAAGAGAAGAACGAAACUAAAGAAGACGAAGUGGUAGCUGAAGAAACAGAGGAACAGAAAGAAGAAUAGUUUUAAUUAAGAGGAAAUAAAUUUAUUUAUUGUUGUUUUAGAAGUUUGUAAUUAUUGACAGCGUCCUUGGCUGCUGGUGUACGCAAAAUAUACGGAUUUACUUAUUCAUUCAUUCAGGUCAGGUCAUUACGCAAAAAAAAAUAUCUUUUCAAAUUUUAUUUACAGAGAGAACUACAAGAAACUACCCAUAAAGAUGU